AUGUUUUACCGUUUCGGUACUUUCCAAAAUAUUGGGCUAUUAGAAAAUAACCCAUUUUUGUCAACCUUUACCGUAAUGGCGGCGUAUUUUCCCGACGUCGAACAGCCGGAUUUUAUAAUUUCGAUAAAUACCGGCGAAUCGAGACCGAAAACGGCGAACCCGUAUCCGGACGAAAUUCGCAAUAUUUGGAAAAACGGCGCUUUUCCCAAAUUUUAUUACCUUUUUUUAAAAAAAUAA